AUGCUUAACUGGGGAGCGACAAACACGGACAAUGAAACAAUCCAAUACUGCUUUCCGAACAACGAUUUGUCUUGUACCAAAAAUGUGAAACCUGGAGCUGAGUACAUUAUGAUGUACAUAUUAAUUUCUACAGUAUCAGUGUUUACUGUGUUUCUGAACCUGCUGGUGAUCAUCUCCAUCGCUCACUUCAAACAGCUCCAGACUCCAACCAAUGUGCUGAUCUUCUCUCUGGCAGUAGCUGAUCUGAUUGUGGGACUGAUUGUUACGCCAGUACAGGGCAUCAAAUUAAUUGAGCCAUGUUGGUUCUUUGGGGAAAUAUUUUGCUCAAUAUUUUAUUUUCUAUGUGGUUAUUAAGCAUCUCUUGGUAAUUUGAUUGUUAUAUCUGUGGAUCGUUACAUUGCUGUGACUGACCCUUUGCGAUAUCCAGCAAGGGUCAAUACUAACAGAGCAGUUUUUUCUAUUGUUGUAAACUGGGUAUUUUCCUGCAUAUAUUAUUUUUUUCUUUUGUACGAGUCUAUAAUCUAUCCAGAGAAAAAUCAUACAUGCCCCCAUAAGCGGUGGAUUCACCGCGUGACUUAUGAAACAGAAAUAUUACAGAAGGAUCUAAAGAUCUCCCCCUUAUCAGACAUCAUGAGGUUUGCUAAUCACCCCCAGCACAUGACUCCAAUAUUCUGGGUCGACUUCCUGCCAGUCUUGUCAUCAUCUACUCAGAGGAGUGAUUAA